AGUGUUUACAUUGCCCCUAGGGACACCUCCAAGUAGCCACUCCUCAGAUGGCCACUGGAAGUGCUUCCUGGCUCAGUGCUGCACAGUAAGCAGCACUGCCGUUUUCCUCAUAGAGAUGCAUUGAUUCAAUACAACUCUAUGAGGAGGUGAUGAUUGGCCAAAAUGUCAUUUGGCUCCACCCCUUGCCAUGGGAAAGCAUUGGAUUGGCUAAAAAUCUGCAAUUCUGAUGAUGUCACCAAGGGGGCAGGUCCAGCGCCAGCAGACCCGUGCGACACUGGAAAUAAGGUGAGUUUUAAUUGCUUUUAGGGGCUAAGUGGGGGACAAGCCACCUAAAUGGUGGGUUUAACACUAUAGGGUCAGGAAUACAUGUUUGUGUUCCUUUAAAGCUUAUUGUAAGAGUUAUUUGGUGAGUUCGAUUUUCGGUCUAUAGUUGGCAUUUUAAAAUAGAUUUUCAGAAUAUUUUUCUUUUUAAUAACUUGCUCUCUGUACAGGUUAUAGUUCCAGGAGUGCCCUAGCAGCCCCUUCAUUGUUAGACAUUAAACUGUUUUAGAAUGAUUUGGCUUCCUACCUGUGGGGAGCCAGGUGUCACUUCCACUACAAUCUCCUGAUGGCCAAACCAGGAAGUUCCAUUAGCAUUUCUGAGCUAAGUACCACAAUGCAAGGCUAGCCAGUGAGCAGCCCUAGCUGUAGUGGUUAUGAUGUUCCUUUUAAAAUGCAUGCAUUUUAUUAUAAUUAUUAUUUAUGAGGCACCAACACAAUCCUGAGUACUGUACAAUGGGUGUAUGAGACAUACAAGCAUAUUUUAAAGAGGGCCCUGCUCAAACGAUCUUAUAAUUUAAAGGUUUAUGAAUUUUAACAUCCAUUUUAUGUUGACGUCCGAGUGCACUCUGUGCAUAGCAAUGUUACAGCCUAUCUAUUGAUAGUCUCCCGUGUAGUUUAAAGGAUGUUGAAUUGAUUUUAUAGUUUGUCUUAUCCCUCUGGCACCGAUAGGCUUUAAGCUCACAGUCUGUGCUGUUUCCGUACAUACUGAAGGUAUGGCAUGGUAGAACGUAGUAUUUUGUGGAAGUAAAACACAAUCAGUUGUUCUCGCUAAUAAGAAAAGGAGCUUGAUAAAUCCUGGGUUGUCAUCUGUCAUGCAAAGGCUAAUGGAAUAAAUUGUUUUCUGCAUAAGGCCCCUUGCUAUUUCAUUCUUUUUAUGCUUGGUAUUGCAGAGCUGUACUAUGACCGUGGGAACCACCAUGAAUUUGUAUCACUGGUGAAGGAUUUGGCUCGCCCCGGCGAAAUCUCGCAGACUCAAAGCUUUGAUUUUGAAUUUACUCAUGUGGAGAAGCCAUACGAGUCGUACACUGGUCAGAACGUCAAGCUACGGUAUGUUGCGUGCUUCUGUGUAAUGCAGUCUUACCUGGAUGGAUUCUGGGAAUUGUACAAUAUGGGAUUGUUUGCCUGCAAAAGAUCGCGAGCCUGUCCAGGUAUUUGAAGGCAAGUUAGAGGUUAUUCUCAGAAAACAUUGCAUACAGUUGAUGCAGCAGUGUAUAGGCGCUUCUUUUACUUGUAAUAGCGUGUUUUAGAUGCAUACAAACAGGGGUUUCCCCUACCACGUGGGGAAUCUUAAACAAAAACACCAAAUAGAAUAUGUGCACUCCAAAGUGAGUGCACAGAUUAUACUUGUACACAUGAAGAUGGGGUAAUGACAGUAACUGGAAUCUAAAAUGUAAAACAAACGCACAUAGUGUAAACCAUAAAACACAAUCUGCCGAAAGAGUAGAAAUCACAAACGUAGAGCCGUGAUGGGCUCCACGGUGCCAAUUCAUGGGAUUUGCUGAAUUAAUUUCAUUAUAACUGUUAACGGGUCAGUGAUGGCAUCAUUUUAAAAUAUUAGAAUGGGUCACCCUACUAGUGCCAAUUGAGUCCCUGUUAAAAUUGUUUGUGUACCAACUUAGACCAUAAAAACAAUCUUUGCUGGACAGCGGUUUCACAACAGAAAAAUCAACAAAUAAUUUAAUUGUUUUAAGUUUUUUGGUUUUUUUUCUGACUAGAUCAAGUUAAAAUGUUUUUCCAAAUCCAGAAAACCAUUAUUAAUUCGUACAAGAAAAUGUUUGAACUUGAGGCUUUUUUUUUCAAGUUAUUGUGAGACUAUGGUGUAAAAUAGUGACAUGUAAAGUCUGUGCAUUGUCUGUGUCCAAACCAGAUCAUGUUACCCUGUCGGCUUGAGGCGAGUGUGUCUAUAACAUGUUCUUGUUCUCCUGUCUUGGUGCAGAUACUUCCUGCGCGCUACGCUGAGCCGACGUCUAAAUGACGUUGUGAAAGAGAUGGAUAUCGUGGUGCACACACUGAGUACAUACCCCGAGCUCAAUUCUUCAAUCAAGAUGGAAGUGGGGAUUGAGGAUUGCUUGCACAUUGAGUUUGAGUACAACAAGUCCAAGUAGGUAUGAAUAGGACAUCCAGCCACAGAUUAUUUAUACAGCACCAGAAAAGUGAUCAGUUUUUAAAUAAUUGCUUUAAAAAAAAAAUUAUUUUAACCUCUUAAAGGGACACUCCAGGCACCCAGACCACUUCUGCCCAUUGGAGUGGUCUGGGUGCCAACUCCGACUACUCUUAACCCUGCAAGUGUAAUUAUUGCAGUUUUUUUAAUAAACUGCAAUAAUUACCUUGCAGGGUUAACUCCACCUCUAGUGGCUGUCUAUUAGACAGCCACUAGAGGGCACUUCCAUGUCCCUAGCACAGGAAACCUGUGCUAGAGCAUCGCUGGACGUCCUCUCGCUGUAUGAGGACCUCCAGCGUCGUUCGUUUCCCCAUAGGAAAGCAUUUUCAAUGCUUUCCUAUGGGGAGCUCUAAUGCAUUAGGUCUCCCCGGUGGGCGGGAUCAGUCUCGCCCACCGGCUGACGCAAUCACUGGGAGGAGCAGCGGCGGAGGAAGAAGUAAGUAAGUUACUGGUAAGUAACUGAAGGGGUUUGUAUCUCCUGCUCUGUAAAUUGAACUUUAAUUACAUACAGGAGGUUCCUGCAUUGUCUAGAAAGCUACUGACAGAGCAGGAGGUAAAAAAUUCAAAAUUAAACAGUAUUUCCAAAACAGGAAGUGUAAACAUUAGAUGACUUUACCGGAAGUGUUUUGAAGGCUGUGUAAGUCACAUGCAGGGAGGUGGGACUAGGUCUUUAAAAAAGUGAUUUAACUCCUAAAUGGCAGAGAUUUGAGCAGUGAGACUGCAGGGGCAUGAUUUAUACACAAAAACUGCUUCAUUGAGCUAAAAGUGUUUUGGUGACUAGUGUCCCUUUAUACUAACCCUACACUAAGUGUAACUCAACCUUACUCGUACCGCUAAAUCUAACCCUAAGGUAACCCACUGCUAUUAUUAAUUCUGAUAUAUUAUGUUGCCACCAUCUACUGGCCAUUUUAAGAAUUACACUUAGUGUAAUUCUGAAUGAGCCUGGUUCUCGAAUAUAUAGAGAAUGGUAGGGUAGGUGGCAAAGCCUAGCAGCUGUCCAUUCCUACUGGGGACAGGUUAGAUGACCCUGCCAGGAUCUAUUCAAACACUCCACUGGGCAGUCUGCACCCCACAAAAACUGCAGCCGAGCGAGACUGUUCAGUCGUGGUUUUAAUAAUAGAUUUAAAGGGCUCUGUACAGCAGUGGUCAGUCUGAGUAACCGAAUCUGCAGGUAUCCAUCGAUUAGUGGAUUAACCAGGCUCACACUGAUAUUUUCACAUAGCAUUUAAAUGCCUAUUUUAAAAAACUGUUUGCUAACCGCUAAUCUAAAAGUCUAAAAAAAGCCGCAGGUAGAUACGAUCACUGCUUAUGCUACACUCACAAAAUUAUCUGCUGUUUGGCUGUUUAAAUUCUUUUCUUUUCUUUUUUUUGGAUGAAGAUAAAAUAUAUGGGUGGGAACAUGCAAGCUGAGAAACAAGCUUUACAAUAAUAGCCUGAGGAUUGAAACAUUUCCUAUUGAUGCUUCCCUUCUCCAUUCCUCACUGGGGCAAAGAAAAUAAACAGAACCGUGGUCAACCUAUGGGGGCAUUGGGCCUGCCUUCUUCCUAUAGGCUGCACACUGUUCCGUUUUAGAAUGUUGGCGUGCAGCUCUGUUAAUCCGCCCUGUCUGUGUAUUUUUCUUCUGUUAGUCUGUUUCUUUUGCCAGUAAAAAUAUUAAACCAACAAAAUGGUGAAUAUUUUAUUUGAGUGUUUUCAGUUUUCUGUUAGCUUUAUGUACUGUAGAAUUCAGAAAAGUGUGUUUGAUCUCUUUUGUUAAGUUAAAAUGGUUUUGUCCGGUGCAUGUAGCUCAUCUUUGCAGUUAAACAUGUGUAGCUUCUAGCAAACAGUACUGAGGUGAUUUUGCUAUGGCAGAGAUUUAUGGCAGAAGUCCUUUUUUAAAUAAAAAAUUUAACACUAAAAUUGCCUGUUUUGAGAAAACUAAUAACAUGGAACUUUGCUAAAGAUUCCACUGAUCUGUUGUCAGGAUUUAGAAUGAUGUCUCGGAAAGGAGAGACUGCCUAGACCUUUUGGUAAUCUCAGUUCCUCUUUGUCUGCUCCUGUCCUCUAGAUACCAUCUCAAAGAUGUAAUUGUGGGGAAAAUAUAUUUCCUCCUUGUACGGAUCAAGAUCAAACACAUGGAAAUUGAUAUCAUCAAGAGAGAAACGACUGGCACUGGGCCAAAUGUCUACCAUGAAAACGACACGAUCGCCAAGUACGAAAUCAUGGAUGGAGCCCCUGUAAGAGGUUAGUGGAGAGAGACAGCAGGGUAUGCAAGGCUGCUCUAGGUGUGUCUUUGGCUUAAGUGGCUAAAAGAGAACCUCCGUAAACAUAAAUAUUUCAUCUACUCUGCCCCCUCUCCCCCUUAGUGCACCAAAAAAGGUAAGUGUAAUAUACAGGAAAUUAUAUUCAUGUAAAAUGUUUAUUAACCAGCAUCUUUAAGCCAGUAAUCAGUCACGUUAUAAAUAAUUUUCGAACAAGCUUUCUUGAAGGAAAUCGUCUAGAAAACUCUAUCUUCUUAAUAUAUAUAACAUCCAUCAAAAGGAUUAGUGUCCGCACACAGAGCUAUUUUUUGAUUUUCCUAGAAUUUAGUAGCCAUGUGGAUGAAAGGGACACGUUAAAAGCUCUGUUCUGAAGAGGGAGCAUCAUUAUAGCACAGUUUAUGUUAACAUGCAGUGUUAGAGUGGGGGUAAGGGAGUGUUCCCUCUAACCCUUUUGGGCACAAGACAUUCACUCCCAUUACUAACACAGUGGUGGGAGUUAGAGUCCACAGCUUUUUGAAAACAGAUACCAUUAAGCCAGUAAUAACAUGUUACCGGUGCCCCGGCUAACAUUUUCUAGGAUCCGGUAUGAACAUGUACACAGCGCCAUGGCUAACAUUGUACAGGAUCCAGUACUAACAUGUACACAGCGUCAUGGCUAACAUUGUAUAGGAUCCGGUAUGAACAUGUACACAGCGUCAUGGCUAACAUUGUAUAGGAUCCGGUAUGAACAUGUACACAGCGCCAUGGCUAACAUUGUAUAGGAUCCAGUACUAACAUGUACACAGCGCCAUGGCUAACAUUGUAUAGGAUCCAGUACUAACACGUACACAGCGCCAUGGCUAACAUUGUAUAGGAUCCAGUACUAACAUGUACACAGCGCCAUGGCUUAGAUUGUAUAGGAUCCAGUACUAACAUGUACACAGCGCCAUGGCUAACAUUGUACAGGAUCCAGUACUAACACGUACACAGCGCCAUGGCUAACAUUGUACAGGAUCCAGUACUAACAUAUACACAGUGUCAUGGCUAACAUUGUACAGGGUCCAGUACUAACACGUACACAGCGCCAUGGCUAACAUUGUAUAGGAUCCAGUACUAACACGUACACCGCGCCAUGGCUAACAUUGUAUAGGAUCCAGUACUAACACGUACACAGCGCCAUGGCUAACAUUGUACAGGAUCCAGUACUAACACGUACACAGCGCCAUGGCUAACAUUGUAUAGGAUCCAGUACUAACACGUACACAGCGCCAUGGCUAACAUUGUAUAGGAUCCAGUACUAACACGUACACAGCGCCAUGGCUAACAUUGUACAGGAUCCAGUACUAACACGUACACAGGGCCAUGGCUAACAUUGUAUAGGAUCCAGUACUAACACGUACACCGCGCCAUGGCUAACAUUGUAUAGGAUCCAGUACUAACACGUACACAGCGCCAUGGCUAACAUUGUACAGGAUCCAGUACUAACACGUACACAGCGCCAUGGCUAACAUUGUAUAGGAUCCAGUACUAACACGUACACAGCGCCAUGGCUAACAUUGUAUAGGAUCCAGUACUAACACGUACACCGCGCCAUGGCUAACAUUGUAUAGGAUCCAGUACUAACACGUACACAGCGCCAUGGCUAACAUUGUACAGGAUCCAGUACUAACAUGUACACAGCGCCAUGGCUAACAUUGUAUAGGAUCCAGUACUAACACGUACACAGCGCCAUUGCUAACAUUGUAUAGGAUCCAGUACUAACACGUACACAGCGCCAUGGCUAACAUUGUAUAGGAUCCAGUACUAACACGUACACAGCGCCAUGGCUAACAUUGUAUAGGAUCCAGUACUAACACGUACACCGCGCCAUGGCUAACAUUGUAUAGGAUCCAGUACUAACACGUACACAGCGCCAUGGCUAACAUUGUACAGGAUCCAGUACUAACAUGUACACAGCGCCAUGGCUAACAUUGUAUAGGAUCCAGUACUAACAGGUACACAGCGCCAUGGCUAACAUUGUACAGGAUCCAGUACUAACACGUACACAGCGCCAUGGCUAACAUUGUACAGGAUCCAGUACUAACAUGUACACAGCGUCAUGGCUAACAUUGUAUAGGAUCCAGUACUAACACGUACACAGCGCCAUGGCUAACAUUGUAUAGGAUCCAGUACUAACAUGUACACAGCGCCAUGGCUAACAUUGUACAGGAUCCAGUACUAACACGUACACAGCGCCAUGGCUAACAUUGUACAGGAUCCAGUACUAACAUGUACACAGCGCCAUGGCUAACAUUGUAUAGGAUCCAGUACUAACAGGUACACAGCGCCAUGGCUAACAUUGUACAGGAUCCAGUACUAACACGUACACAGCGCCAUGGCUAACAUUGUACAGGAUCCAGUACUAACAUGUACACCGCGCCAUGGCUAACAUUGUACAGGAUCCAGUACUAACAUGUACACAGCGCCAUGGCUAACAUUGUACAGGAUCCAGUACUAACAUGUACACAGCGUCAUGGCUAACAUUGUACAAGAUCCAGUACUAACAUGUACACAGCGCCAUGGCUAACAUUGUACAGGAUCCAGUACUAACAUGUACACAGCGUCAUGGCUAACAUUGUACAGGAUCCAGUACUAACAUGUACACAGCGUCAUGGCUAACAUUGUACAGGAUCCAGUACUAACAUGUACACAGCGCCAUGGCUAACAUUGUACAGGAUCCAGUACUAACAUGUACACAGCGCCAUGGCUAACAUUGUACAGGAUCCAGUACUAACACGUACACAGCGUCAUGGCUAACAUUGUAUAGGAUCCAGUACUAACACGUACACAGCGCCAUGGCUAACAUUGUACAGGAUCCAGUACUAACACGUACACAGCGCCAUGGCUAACAUUGUAUAGGAUCCAGUACUAACAUGUACACAGCGUCAUGGCUAACAUUGUAUAGGAUCCAGUACUAACACGUACACAGCGCCAUGGCUAACAUUGUAUAGGAUCCAGUACUAACAUGUACACAGCGUCAUGGCUAACAUUGUAUAGGAUACAGUACUAACAUGUACACAGCGUCAUGGCUAACAUUGUACAGGAUCCAGUGCUAACAUUGUACAGGAUCCAGUACUAACAUGUACACAGCGACAUGGCUAACAUUGUACAGGAUCCAGUACUAACAUGUACACAGCGUCAUGGCUAACAUUGUAUAAGAUCCAGUACUAACAUGUACACAGCGCCAUGGCUAACAUUGUAUAGGAUCCAGUACUAACACGUACACAGCGCCAUGGCUAACAUAGUACAGGAUCCAGUACUAACACGUACACAGCGCCAUGGCUAACAUUGUAUAGGAUCCAGUACUAACAUGUACACAGCGCCAUUGCUAACAUAGUACAGGAUCCAGUACUAACACGUACACAGCGCCAUGGCUAACAUUGUAUAGGAUCCAGUACUAACAUGUACACAGCGCCAUGGCUAACAUUGUAUAGGAUCCAGUACUAACACGUACACCGCGCCAUGGCUAACAUUGUACAGGAUCCAGUACUAACACGUACACAGCGCCAUUGCUAACAUAGUACAGGAUCCAGUACGAACAUGUCAUGAGCGCUGUGGAUAACUUUUCAUUGAGCACUUUUUAUGUUUUUACAUUCUGAGUUGAAUCAGAUUCCAGGGAGUGAUUAUGGUGUCUGUUUCAUUGUCAGCUCUAACUGGGAUUCCUCUUUGCAGGCGAAUCCAUACCAAUUCGGCUUUUCCUUGCUGGCUAUGAGCUGACUCCAACCAUGCGAGACAUCAACAAAAAAUUCAGUGUGCGCUAUUACCUCAACUUGGUGUUAAUCGACGAGGAGGAGAGGCGUUACUUCAAACAGCAGGUAAGAGAUGAUGUCCUGUGUGUGCCGGAAGUAUCACUUGCGACAGGUUCUGUUUUUGUUUACCUUGAUCACCUAUAUAUUAAACAGGACUGGUUUUGUUUCUGUUUUGCAACAUUCUGCCUUAACAGUCCUUUGCCAUUGUGUAUCAGCUCGUACAUUUCAACAUUACUGUGGGCAUUUUGUCCAAACUGCAUGGCAGUGAUAGGUUGGGAUAGCUGGGUUAACAGCAUUCUCAGCACAUCGUUGCUGGAUAGAUUGGACAGACUCGAUGAUGCCGAAGUGUUAAUCCCUUACAUGGGAUGGACUCUGUCUAAAAUUAUUAAAGGUGGGAAAAAUAAACAGUUUUGAAGUUGUGCUGUUUCACAUGGGAGAUAUUGUUUUUAAUAUAUCCUGGUUUUGUCCCUCUCCAGGAGGUGGUGUUAUGGCGUAAAGGAGACAUUGUGCGGAAGAGUAUGUCUCACCAGGCUGCUAUUGCAUCUCAGCGAUUCGAGGGGACGAGUCACCCCGAGUGUAGACCACAGCAUAGCGGGGCCACAGCGGGGGACCAGGAAAAAGAGUGAAAUUGUGUCCUCCUUUUCAGGCCUUCUUGGUCCAAUAUACAGAGACUGAACCUCUUUACCCCAAACCCUGUCGCCAUCUGUGCUGUUACCCCAAGCACGGGCAUUCGGAUCUAUGCCUGCAGAGCGAUGCAACAGGCACAAUUUACCAGGCAGGCCAAAUCCCAACUCAUUUGGGGGAAGAUGAGAAGUAUAAUGGUCCCUUAAUAGUUUUUAUUCUCACAUUGCCUUUGUUAAUAUCACAGGCCCAUCUCGGUGUUACACACAAACUUAUUAACAAUGGAGGGGGUGGGAGGGACACGUAUCAUUUCAGCGAAAGUUUUUUUUGUUUUUUUUUUCUACUUUUCUUGCCAUGAGAAGUGCCCUCUUCUUAUAAAUGGGAGUAGGUGCUGAUGUAAUUAAUAGUUAAUGUCUCAGUGCCAGUAAUGCACCAAUCUGCCCAUUGUCAAUGCCUGUCUCUUUUAAGUUGCUGUUUUAACCACCAGCGAGCAGCAUCUCCAAGCAUGACAUCUCUGUAAGAUGCCCCAGUCGGUGAGGCCUUACUCCCAACAAUCCUCUUUAAAAGUGUUUUAUUUGUUAAUCUGUGCACUGCCUUUUGGAGGUUGAAUUUAAAAUAUUGAAAUAUUUCCCCUGAAAAUCUACAUGAAGAAAUAUAUAUGAAGGUAUAAUUGUUAAAUUAACAAGGAAUUAAUGUCUAAAAAAAAUAAAUAAAUAAAAAAAAUAAAAAAUUAAGCAUUUUAACCCCUUAGGGUGUCAGGGACUUUGCCUCUCCUUAGGCACAUGGAAGGUUUAAGCUGGGCAGCUUUCCUUGAAAUCCAAACUAUUGCACGUAUAUCAUAGUAUUACUAUACUGGAGAACUCUGCUCCACUAUUAAAGAUGAAGUGAUCCUUGCGGAUUCCAAUUCCUAGGGGGGGGUGAGGGGAUGGAGAUUCCCCAAGGGAUAAGGAUAUGGGAUUCUUUGCUCAUUAACUAGUCUAAUAAGCUUAUAUUGCUUAAUAACCCAGUCUUACCUAAGACUGUUCGUAUGAGCCUGUUGGUAUGGCAAUGCUGUACCAGUCUGGUACCCCAUCUUGAGUGCCCAGCCGUGUUUUGUACAAUUGCAACACAGCUUCUUCCCUACUCAUUAAUGCUUUAACCAAUAUUCGUUAGUUCUGACAACCCUAGCCUGAACCAUUGGCGUCAGUCCAGUGAUGUUUUACCUUUUGUGUUCAGGGGAAGCUACAAUAAUACAUUAUGGUUGUACCUUUAAAAUAUUGGUGAUCUGUGGCAUAUAAAAGGUGUUUUUACUCUUACUUAGGAUAUAUCAGUUGUAUAUGACAAUAUCCAACAAACCCCAUGAAAAGCAAUUUGCUGUACUCGAUCAUUUAAAAUGAUGGGGGGGGUUAGGUAGUUUGUAUUACUGAUGGCCGAAUAGAUCAGUUAGAUUCUAUUAGCCAUUUGUGAGGGGGGGAAAGCAUUUUGAAGUAUUGUAUUAAAUUCGAACUGUGUACACAUUUAAUGUGCUUCACCAUGUUUAAAUUAUAUACAAAAUAUACGCUUUUUGGUUAAAACAAAGUGUUUACGAGGUGGUAAUUGAUGUAUCUAUUUGUGAGAGACUGCGUUUUUUAGAAAAAAAAACUUGGAUGUGCCUCAGAUAUGUAACUUAGAUUGUAAGCUCCUAGGAGCAGGGAUACUCAGUGUCUGCAUUCAUUUCAAGGUGACAGCUCUCCCUUCUACAGAUCACUUUCACACUUCAGAGAAUUCCAUCAGUUGCAGUGUUUUAUUUUAUUUUUCAUGUCUAAUUUCAUUGUGUUUUAAAUGUCUUUUACAUUGUUUUAUUAGUCUAAGAUUAAACAAAACAAAAACAAAGCCUCAGCCAAUUCUGUGAUUUUUUUAUUUAUUUUUUAUAACCAAUUUAUGCAAUACUAGGGAGUCCCAAUAUCCUUUGUCCAUGUUCUGUGUGCAGAGUCAUUAUCUAUACAUACUGUGUGUGUAGGAUUGCACGAAAUGCCGUAAGUAAAGAUAAUACAAGACUGAGUACUGGCCAUGGACACAGGAGCCCUCUGUAGCAAGAACAGAGCAGCUCACCAGCGGCACGAUUUGCUUACAUUAUUGGGAUUUUCUGUAUGGCCAGAGCUGCUCAUCAGAUAUACUCUUUGCUUAUGUGCAUAUCUGGGAUUUGGGAAUGCUGCUCAAGGAGUCAGUCUAGUCCCCAUGACAACUUUGUAUUUUUGGAAACUUUAUGGUGCAGAGAGAUUGCUGCACACUAAGCACUUUAAUGUCUUCCAGGCUUAUAACUGCAUCGAUUUGUAAAACCGUCCCUUUCAGUUUACAUAGUUCUACUCAUAGAAACAUAGAAUGUGACGGCAGAUAAGAACCAUUCGGCCCAUCUAGUCUGCCCAAUUUUCUAAAUACUUUCAUUAGUCCCUAGUCUUAUAGUUAGGAUAGCCUUAUGUCUAUCCCACACAUGCUUAAACUCCUUUACUGUGUUAACCUCUACCACUUCAGCUGGAAGGCUAUUCCAUGCAUCCACUACCCUCUCAGUAAAGUAAUACUUCCGGAUAUUAUUUUUAAACCUCUGUCCCUCUAAUUUAAGACUAUGUCCUCUUGUUGUGGUAGUUUUUCUUUUAAAUAUAGUCUCCUCCUUUACUGUGUUGAUUCCCUUUAUGUAUUUAAAUGUUUCUGUCAUAUCCCCCCUGUCUCGUCUUUCCUCCAAGCUAUACAUGUUAAGAUCCUUUAACCUUUCCUGGUACGUUUUAUCCUGCAAUCAAUGAACCAGUUUAGUAGCCCUUCUCUGAACUCUCUCUAAAGUAUCAAUAUCCUUCUGGAGACACUGUCUCCAGUACUGCGUACAAUACUCCAAGUGAGGUCUCACCAGUGUUCUGUACAAUGGCAUGAGCACUUCCCUCUUUCUACUGCUAAUACCUCUCCCUAUACAACCAAGCAUUCUGCUAGCAUUUCCUGCUGCUCUAUUACAUUGUCUGCCUACCUUUAAGUCAUCAGAAAUAAUUACUCCUAAAUCCCCUUCCUCAGAUGUUGAGGAUAGGACUCUAUCAAAUAUUCUGUACACUGCCCUUGAGUUUUUACGUCCAAGAUGCAUUAUCUUGCACUUAUCCACAUUAAAUGUCAGUUGCCACAAUUCUGGCCAUUUUUCUACUUUACCUAAAUCAUUUGGCUUAUCCCUCCUGGAACAUCAACACUGUUACAUAUCUUAGUAUCAUCAGCAAAAAGACAUACCUUACCCUCAAGACCUUCUGCAAUAUCACUAAUAAAAACAUUAAAGAGAAUGGGUCCAAGUACAGAUCCCAGAGGUACCCCACUGGUGACAAGCCCAUGCUUCGAAUAUACUCCAUUGACUACAACCCUCUGUUGCCUGUCACUUAGCCACUGCCUUACCCAUUCAACAAUAUUGGAAUCCAAACUCGCCCUGUUAAAUGGCUGGAAUCGCUCCUGGAAGAUAAAGGACGUACUCCAUACACCAAAACAAGAUGCUCUUGAUUGGUGGACCUCUUUUCUUGGUAAUGGAGGGACCUACAUGCUAUUACACUAGCAGGAGAACCUGUUAGUAAUAUUAGCUACUUUAAAAGGUAAAUGGUUUUUUAUUCAUGUGAAGGGGUCAGG